GCUCUCUCCCGCUCAGCUGCUGCUGCUCCUGGCCAGUGAAGACUCGCUCAGAGCCCGUGUGGAAGAGGCCAUGGAGCUCCUCAUAACUCACGGAAGGGAAAAUGGCGCUGACAGUAUACUGGACCUUGGCCUCCUCGAUACUCCUGAGAAAGCACAGCAGGAGAACCGAAAGAGGCACGGUUCAACCCGCAGUGUGGUUGACAUGGAGCUGGACGACCCAGAGGAUGGAGACGAUAACGCCCCUCUGUUCUACCAACCCGGCAAGAGGGGUUUUUACUCGCCCCGUCCAGGCAAGAACACAGAGGCCAGGCUCAACUGCUUCCGUAACAUCGGCAGGAUACUUGGCUUAUGUCUGUUGCAGAAUGAACUUUGCCCCAUCACACUCAACAGACACGUCAUCAAGGUGUUGCUCGGCAGGAAGGUGAACUGGCACGACUUUGCGUUCUUCGACCCGGUGAUGUACGAGAGUUUGCGGCAGCUGAUUCGUCACUCUCAAACCGAGGAGGCGGAGGCCGUGUUUGCAGCGAUGGACCUUGCCUUCGCUAUCGACCUCUGCAAGGAGGAAGGAUCUGGACAGGUGGAGCUCCUGGUUGGCGGGGUCAACAUGCCUGUGACGCCUCUGAACGUGUACGAGUACGUGAGGAGAUACGCGGAGCACCGGAUGCUGGUGGUGGCAGAACAGCCUCUGCAUGCCAUGCGGAAGGGUCUUCUGGAUGUGCUUCCAAAGAACGCUCUGGAGGACCUGACGGCUGAGGACUUCAGACUGCUGGUCAACGGCUGUGGAGAAGUCAACGUCCAGAUGCUCAUUAGUUUCACCUCUUUCAAUGAUGAGUCAGGUGAGAAUGCAGAGAAGCUGCUGCAGUUCAAGCGCUGGUUCUGGUCCAUCGUUGAGAAGAUGAGCAUGACAGAGCGCCAGGACCUGGUAAAAACGUCUCCUUUUUCCUCUACUUAAUAUUAGGGCUGGGACAAUAAAUCGAUGCAUAGUGAAUCGUGCAAUUGUUCUGCAUCGAUUCUGAGAUUAUUGGAAUGCAUUGUGAUUCUCUC